AUGUUCAUUCUCCUUCUAUCAUGUCUUCUGUUAGUCUCAUACAGCUUCGUCGAGGCGCUGUCGCCCAUCUCCGUGAAAGGCACGAAGCUGUAUGACGAUGACGGAACCCAAUUUUUUGUCAAAGGUGUUUCUUACAUUCCCCUCAAUGGCGACUUCGACCCCCUCGUGGAUGUCGAACAAUGCCAGAUAGACGCAGCGUUGAUGAACAAGGCCGGCAUCAACACAAUUUACGUUUACACGGUCGACUCGACGCAAGACCACGAUGCUUGCAUGAAAGCCUUUGCCGACAAGGGCAUCUACAUCUGGCUGCAGCUGGGCGACUUUCCCCGUGUCUCUAGUCCGACAGAAGAGCCUCCCCAAUGGACCCUCUCGCUCUUCGCCGCGUGGUCCGAAGCGCUGGACGCAUUCGCCGGCUACGACAACACCCUCGCCUUCGGCAUCGGCCAAGAGACCAUCACCGAGAACUCAACCUCCACGCGCAUCGCCCCCGCCCUCAAAGCCGCCGCCCGCGACCUGCGCGCCUUCCGCACCGCGCGCGGCUACCGCGCCAUCCCGCUCGCCUACUCGGCCGCCGACGCGCCCGCCCUCCGCCUCCUGACCGCACAAUACCUCACCUGCGACAACGCCGCCACCAGCGCCGACAACGCCGCCUCCAUCGACCUGCUCGGCCUCAACAUCUUCGAGCCGGACUCGUGCACUGCCACCGCGUGGGAGGCACUGCGUGAUGACUUGCGGGAUCUGCCGCUGGCGGUGCCGGUGGUGGUGUCCGAGACGGGCUGCCUGCCGGCGGCGGCGGCGCGCAAUUUCAGUGAUGUGGCGAGGGUGCUGACGGCGGGCGCGUUCCGCGAGGUGUUCUCCGGCGCGAGCGUGUUUGAGUGGGCGCGGCAGGAGACGACCGAGUUUGGGGUGGUGCGGUACGGGGCCGAGGGGAAGGGCGAGCCGGAGAAGUUGUUGCCGGCCUAUACGAGCCUGUCGAGCGUGUUUAAGGCCGCGGCGAGCGUGACGGGCACGCCGGCCGCGCAGUACACGCCUGCUGCUUCGAGGAGUGGUGCGGCGGGGUUGGCGUGUCCGACGCUGGAUGAGGCGGCCGGGUGGUUGGUGGAUGGCGCGGCGGCGUUGCCGAGUAUUGAGGGGUUGCAGAUUGGGACGGUGACGGUCAAGACGACGGUUACGGCUGGGGAGGGGGGGGGUAGGGCUACGGGUGGGGCUGGACAGGGGCAGGGGCAGGUUGGCGGUGGUGAUGGUGGUGAUGGGGGAGGGGGGGAGUUGUCGACGGGGGCGAUUGCGGGCAUCACGGUUGGGGCUGUGAUCGGGGUGUUGGUGGUGGCGACUGCUAUCUUGGUUUGUCUUCGCCGGCGGAGGAGAGCGGUAGCACCCGAGGGGGAGGGUAUCCAGGUCGUCCAACACUUCAAGCGGCCGCGAAGCUACUGGUAUCCCGCGGGCAAGGUCGAGCUGCCGGCCCAGAACAUGGCAGCGCUCGAGAUGGACGGCUCCCUACACUCGUCGGCGUCCACGGCCCCCGUGUGGAAAUUCCCGCUGCAGGACGGCAGGGACGACUCGCCAACGGUGACCGAGGUACCGGAGAAGACGUGGCAACGGACAACGCACUAUGAGCUUGAUGGUAACCAUAUGCCAUCGAUGGGGGACGGAGCGCAGACAGGGACAUGGCGGGUUUCACCUCUGACUCCAGGUGGCAAGUAUGUAUGA